GCGCCCGGCGAGCGGCUGACGUCACGUGUGUCGGAGCGAUAGGGGCCGGUCCGCCGCGCCUGCCGGGCCGCCACCGCGCCGAGAAAGGCCAGUAGCGGCGCCGCGCUGUCCGUCUCCGGGAGAGCAGCCAGUCAGCGCCCCGCCAUGGACCUGUGCUGCCUGCUGGGGUACCUGCUCACAGGAGUAGCCGUGCUACUCCUGCUGGCCCUCGUGGACCUGAAGCGACGCGGCUACUCCAGAGACAUCAGUUGGCCGGACCUCCUGAAACUCUAUGUUCUCACCCAGCUGAGCAGCAUCAAAAUGUACCGCAUGCACAAGAAGUUCGAAAGGGAUGUCCGAAGCUUUGAGCAGGCGCAAUCAAUUUUUCUGAUGGACCGGAUCCGCCGCUCAGAAAAUACAGGCUUCGGAAGAGACAACGAUUUUUCCUCCAUCCGCAGCGUGUCAGACUUCCGACGGAGUAUGCCGUUGUUUGACUUCCCGCAAAUGGAGGACUACGUCAACCGGCUGGCCGACGGAGAGAAAUCAGCCCUCCUUGGCGACAAGGAUGACGUCUUCAUCUUCAUCACAUCCUCAGGAACUACCGGCAGAAACAAGCGGAUCCCGAUGUCUCAGCAGGCCGCUAGGGACAUGCAGAACCAGGUGCUGUUUGGCCCGCUGCAGUGGGUCGUUCGCCGCCAUUUCCCCUGGAAUCUGAGGCGCAUUCUCAACGUGAACAACGGCCGUGUGCUGGAGAAGACCAAGGGCGGCUACACCGUCAGCGCCGCCGCGCACGUCGUUUACGCGCGCAUGAACACGCUGACGGCGGAGCUGUUCACCACGCCACUCGUCGGCCAGCAGGUGAAGAGCGAGUUCGAAUCUCACUACAUCCACGCACUUUUCGGCCUCUGCGACAAGCACAUCAGCGUGCUGCGCACAGUGUUCGUGUUCAACUUCCUGACGUUGAUGCGCCGCAUCCAGCAGAACCUGCCGGACCUACUGCGCGACAUGCGCCGCGGCCGCAUCAAGGAGGACCUGAACAUACCGCCCGACGUGAGGGAGGAGCUGAACCGUCACCUGAGGCCGACGCCGCAGCGGGCCGACGAGGUCGAGCGCGAGUUCGCCAAGGGCAUGGCCGGUAUCGUGCCGCGCCUCUGGCCGCAGAUGGAUCGCACCAGCGGCAUCUGGUCGGGCAGCACCAACGAGACGUACUACCGCGAGGCGCGCUACCUGCUUGGACCCGACAUCCCCAUGCUCAGCUUCACGUACAGCGCCUCGGAGGGCUACAUGGGCUCCAACAUCGACAGCUGGACCGGGCCGCCGCGCUACACGCUCAUCCCCGACAUCAUGUUCUACGAGUUCCUGCCCAUCGUCCACGACCGGAUCCCGGAGCUCGGGGAAAUCGACCGCCGGGAUCUGCUGCUCGGCCACGAGCUGGAGGUCGGCAAAGAGUACGAGAUCAUCAUCACCAACUCGUCGGGCUUCUACCGGUACCGCGUUGGAGACGUCAUCAAGGUGGUGGGCUUCUACCAGCAGGCGCCGCAGAUCGAGUUCCUCUACAGGUCGGGCCAGUCGCUGAACGUCUGCGGCGAGAAGACCUCUGAGGAGGUGUUGUUCCGCGCGCUGCGCGACGCCGCGCGGCAGUGGCCCUCCCAGCUGAAGGACUACACGGCGGCCGUCAGCCAGUUCGCACUGCGCCGCGAGGGCGACCUCAGCCUCUGCUAUAUCCUCUUCAUCGAGCUGGAGGGCGAGCCGCUGACCGAGGCUCAGACCGACCUGGUGGACGAGACACUGCGCGACCAGUCGGAGGAGUACGCCAGCUACCGGACGCUGAAGAAGCUCUCCAAGAUGACCGUGCACCAGGUGGCGCCGGGCACCUUUGCCCGGUUCCGCUCGCACCUCAUUGAGACCACGGCCGUGGCCGCCAACCAGUUCAAGAUGCCGCGCGUGCUGAAGAGCCCGGACAGUGUCGCCUGGUUCAUGGACCACGUGCAGAAGUAGAGCGGACUGCCGCGGUGAUGGGUGACAUCGCGUGCUGAAGAGCCCGGACAGUGUCGCCUGGUUCAUGGACCACGUGCAGAAGUAGAGCGGACAGUAUCGCCUGAAGAGCCCGGACAGUGUCGCCUGGUUCAUGGACCACGUGCAGAAGUAGAGCGGACUGCCGCGGUGAUGGGUGACAUCGCGUGCUGAAGAGCCCGGACAGUGUCGCCUGGUUCAUGGACCACGUGCAGAAGUAGAGCGGACUGCCGCGGUGAUGGGUGACAUCGCGUGCUGAAGAGCCCUGACAGUGUCGCCUGGUUCAUGGACCACGUGCAGAAGUAGAGCGGACUGCCGGUGAUGGGGGAGACAUGUUCGACAGGAGAAAGACAAAACGAAAAUGUUGCCUUUUCAAUGCAAUUUGAAGAGUGAAUACCAGGGUCGGAGCUUCCUACCGAGGGGUGGGGCGGCUGCCCCAGCAAAUCAUUUUUCGCAUUGAGGAGCUUUGAAAUGUUUGCGUAAUGGAAAAGAUUAUCUCCAUAAUGAUAGGAACUGAUUCAGUGUAGCAUUUAAUCCAACUUAACAAUGGGCAUUGUACUUGUAGGUUUGACGACAUUUUGCCCCACAAACUUUCAAGAAAAGGCUCCACCAACUGAGCAAUGAUGAAAUGCAGAUGUGAUGCGUGUUUUUGUUUCUCCCGGAGUGUGAAGUAAUAGUAAAAAAGUAUGAUUUGAA